AUGUAUUUGCAUAAUCUACAAUUCUAAUUGCAUCUUUUGCAUUAAGUUAAGCAAAUUAAGCCAUAGCUGAAUUAUGAACACCCAAUUCACUUUCAUAUGAAUCAUAUGCCUACCUAAUCUUUAUUUAAAACAUUAAAAUUAUUAUCUUUUAUGAUAGCUGCGUUUACUUUACUUACUACUUUUAUUUAUAAAAAUAGUUUAUUUGAAACUAUUGGUUAUACAAAUUUGAUUUUAAUAAUUUUUAUUUCACUCUAUAUUGUAAGAUAAAGUGAAUAAGUUAGAUCAGCCAAUAUUAAUUAAUGUGGAUAACAAAUAAGUAAUAACAUUAAGAUUGGAUAAAAGAAAAUGCAAACUGCAACAAAUAUUUGGAUCAUAAUAAUAAUCAAUAUUAUGGGAAAAAGAUGUAGUAACAAUUAAGUUGAAAAAUGAUUAAUAAAUUAAGAAAUACUUAAUAUCUAUAUUGUUUAUACAACCUUCAUAUAUAUUCAUACCUUACAAAAUCAAUAGACAACAAAAUAUUUUCAAUUGUGGCAAUAAAAAAGUUUUUCAAAUUUUCUGUAACAAUAUUUAAUUAUUUCAAAUUGCAAUGCAUUUUCAGAUUCAAUGUCAAAGAAUAUUUUUUACACAGGUUUUUUUCAUUAUUGCUUAUCAUAAGUGGUUUUGCAUUAUCUACAAGUUUAUAUUAUCAGUGGAUACAAGUUUAAAAGGAAUGUAGAUACUUAAUAUAAAAGAAGAUUGGACUUUUUUUAAUAGGAUUAGUAGUGAUUGUAUUUUGUAUGUUAUUGAUUUUUGGAUCUAUAACUUACCCUAAUUAAAAAGAUAUUAUGAUAGUUGA